AUGGCCACAGCCGCUGGGUCGCAAGGUAGCCGUCAGAAAUGCUUGUUCGGUUCACGAUGCAAGGUUAGGGACGACGCAUCUCAACUGUAUCAAUGUACUGUCUGCUCAAACAUGUUUCAUCAUCUUUGUGCUAGUGAAUGGAGUGAGGAGUGGAGUGAUUGUGGUUGCUCGACUCGCGACCCGAAAGGAACAAAGGGACCAAAAACUUCAGCGCAGCAGCAAACCCCAAAAGUUGUGCCUUCCAUCUCUCAAGAACAAAUCGCGGAAUCAAUUGUGGAAUACGUUUCAGAGACUAACAGAACUAGACGGGUAUGCAACGAGGAGAACGAUCACGACGCAGAUGGAGCUGCAGAGAGAGAGGGAGACGGAGAUAAAGCCUCGGACGAAGACUAUGACGACGACGAUGACGACGAUGACGAUGACGAGGACGAGGACGAGGACGAGGAAGUGGAGGAAGUGGAAGGCGAGGACGAACAAGAAACAAGAGAAAAAAUCGAGUCUGUCAAAGACAAGAUGCUCUCGGACAAUUCGAAGGCAUGUUACUUGAGUUCUGUAACUCAACUGAUUGCAUGGUUGUAUGAAACCAAACCAUUUUGUUUGAAUCACGAAUUCAAGAGUUGUUUAGACAACGAACCCAGAAAUCGUGGUCCAAUUACGAAGCAGAUCAAAGAAUUGUUGAAGAGCAGAGAAUUGUUACCAUUCAAUACGAGAAGGUUCUCAUACAAGCAAUGGACAAGCUUUGUGGUAAAUGUCAUGAUGAAGAAAAAGUUGAAAUUCUCGUCAUACGAAGCUUUGAGAUCAGGCGUUAGGCAUUUCUAUAGAAGGCACCACAAGAUCAAAACAUACAGGAGAAAGUUUGACGUUCAAAUAGCCGAUUUCUAUAAAGGUCUUCAGAACACCAUCGCUGAUGAGAGAGCCGUGAGUGGAACGAAAUUGUCAUCUGGCAAGGAUCCGCUUCCUACAGACGUACCCACAGAGAUGAAUGAAAGUUCCGAGAACAUGAUGUGCACUGUGCAGGUUCCCAUUUAUCGUAGUACUGGAUGUCCGCCUCAUGUCACAUCACUGGUUCACGAAAAGCAGUGGAUGAUUUUGCACGAGAAGCUUGAUCAAGUGGUGGCAGGCAAUGAGCAGCUGAGACUGAAGCAAGACAGCAUGAUGGAAAAGAUGGAAGCGAAAUUCAAGGAGAUGGUCAACUAUUUCAAACAGUUUCAGGGAAAGAAUGAGGAAAAUCGCCUGCUAUUGCAACAACAGCUUCAAGUUUCUAUGCAACAAAAUCAUGGCCACGAGAACUUCACGGUGCAAAUGCAACUACGAGAAUUGUACACAAAGCUACAGGAAGUGUGGGACAUGCAGAAACGGAUGAUAGAGAAAUUGCAGCAGCAACAAUUUGAAUUGCUCCAGCACCUGCAGGGGCAGCAGCAGCCGCAGCAGGUAGAGCAACCGCAGCAAGUGCAACAACGGCAAGAGGAAGUGUGUCAGGAGCCACUUCAUUCACAGCAGCAGCCGGAAGUACAGCAGUGCCAAGGUCAGAGGCUUCUUCCGGAAGAUAUGCGAGUAUCGGACGAGGCAGGAGUAACAGAGGCAGCCUGGAGCAUUUGGCAUUGUGGCAACAAUUUAAAAGGAAUUCCACCGCUGAAACGUGUGAGAGGAAAAGAUUUGACACAGAAGAGCCAAGAUAAACGAUUGACAGAUAUGAAGUUUUUCAUGAGGCAUUUUCAUCAAUUCAUAAGGAAGGUGAUCAGGGACAGCGAACAGGACAAUGAAGCGAGAAGGAGGGAAAUGGACCAACUGGUUUGUAUAGAGCGGGGGAAUCCUUCAGUCCGAGAAACGAAUGAAUUCUUCAUGAAGUAUGCCAAUGAAUACCUGAAUUGGAUCGACAUUGGAGCUGCUAGUAGCAGUUCGACGAAUCGAAGUGGACAGCUAAAAUGGACAAGUUAUGUUCGCAAACUGCGAGUCAAGUGCACCUCUAGACCUGAUGAACUGGAGUGGCUGUGGAAUUGA